GAUCGAAUUUAAUCGCGUUCAAAUCCCUUCUUCUUCUCCUCCUCUUUAGAAUUCAACUCAUUACAGCUUCUUAUUUAAUUGGGUUGUCCGACUUCAGAAGAAGCCAUGGAGGGAACAAUGCUCUCUUCUAGUGACCAACAGAGAUUAGUCUCUUCUUUCCUUGACAUCGCUGUUGGGCAGACAUCUGAAACCGCUCGGCAGUUCUUAGAGGCAACAAGCUGGAAACUUGAGGAAGCGAUUCAGCUUUUCUACGUUGGAGGAGAAGUUGCUAUGCUUCCGUCCGCUACACACACUCAUCCAGCGUUCGACGAUCCCAUGGAUGCACAGUCUUGGGGGGCGGCUGGUGAGGCAGGAUAUGAAAGGACGCAAAACUAUGUAGAUGAAGAAGUCCGUGCUCCUUUGCCUGUUGCGAGGGAUACUCUUUAUAGUGACGACUUAAUGUAUUAUUAUGGGGCUAUGAGAUUGGGAAACACUCUGCGUGAACCAGCUCCUUUGAUUGCUUUCCGUAACUUCAGGGAAGAGCCAAGAAGGCCUGGAGUUUGGGAACCAGAUCAGGCUGCCCCCUCUGCCUCUGCUUCUGCAACAGAGACAACAACAUCAGCUCCUCGGGAUAGCUUGGCCUCGUUGUUCCGUCCUCCUUUUCAUCUGAUGACACACGGCUCCUUUGAACAGGCAAAAAGUACGUCUAAUUCUCAGGAUAAAUGGCUUCUCGUUAACCUUCAGUCCACCACUGAGUUCAGCUCUCAUAUGCUAAAUAGAGAUACUUGGGCAAAUGGAGCGGUUUCUCGGACUAUCAAAGCCAACUUCAUCUUCUGGCAGGUCUAUGAUGAUACCACGGAAGGAAGGAAGGUUAGCACAUACUACAAGCUAGACUCCGUUCCUGUGAUUCUUGUCAUUGAUCCUACAACUGGUCAGAAGAUGAGAAUGUGGUGUGGAAUGGUCCAACCAGAGACUUUGCUAGAGGAUUUAGUGCCGUUCUUGGAGGGUGGUCCUAGCGAACACUUAGCUUCUCUCUUACAGAAACGUCCAAGAGGCAGCUUCUCGUUGAUUCCUCAUUCCAAACCCAAAGAUGAUGAUGAUGAUGAAGAAGACGAACUGCAACGAGCAUUGGCUGCUUCCUUGGAAGACAACGGCAUGAUAGAGUCUUCUGAUGAUAUAUCACCACCAACCCCUGAAGCAGAUGUAGCUGUUACAGCAACGUUGCUUCCAACAUACCCACCUCUGCCAGAAGAACCAAAAGGAGGUGACCGCAGCGUUCAAUGCAGAGUUGGGAUACGUUUACCCAACGGACAAAGACUCCAGAGGAACUUCCUCAAAACUGAUCCAGUUCAGCUUCUCUGGUCUUUCUGCUAUUCUCAGCUUGAGGAAUUAGAGAGGAAGAAGCCACUGAAACUAACACAGGCGAUUCCAGGCGCAUCAAAGACGUUGGAGUAUGAAUCUAACUUAACCUUGGAGCAAUCUGGUGUUGCCAAUUCCAUGAUCUCUGCUACAUGGGAAUGACAAAAAUAAUUUUAUGUAAAACAUUAUCUAAAGGUUUAUAAGAUUAGUUAUUUUAAAAUUCGACCUUUUCUAAGAAAGAACAAAUCUAUGAGUUUUUAUUUGCAAUGAAUGAAAAAAAUAAUCUACGAUUGUUACA